AUGGCGGCUUAUGCAGCUGUGGUUUCUCUUAUGAAAGUCAUAGAUGACCUUGAAACUCAUCCAUCCCCUCCAAUUUCUCUUGAUAAACAACAAGUUGAAUCUCUCACUAAAACACUUGUCUCUUUGCAGAAAUUUCUCGAAAGCUACGACUCUCCUUUUGCAUACAACGAUGAAGCAGAUCCGUUGGAGAUGCGCAUUGUUGAUGCAGCUCACACAGCCGAAGAUGUGAUCGAGUCAUAUAUAAUCGACACUAUCCAGCUCUUUGCAGCAGCAGCAACUGAGGAUGGUGGUGAUGAACAAAUCAGUUGCAUCCACUUCUAUCAGGAUCUGCAGAAUGAGAUAGAAGAACUUGAUUUGCUCAAGAAAGAGGUGGCUGGGAUUCCGAGGGAGAAGGUAGUUCAGCAGAGAAACAUGGGUUCUGAUGAUGGUGGUUUAAGAUCCAGUAGUUCCACAGAGAACAACCCUUUCAUGGUAGGGUUUGAUGAUGUGCUUCUUCAACUCUUGGAUAGGCUAACUGAUGGAAACAUCAGUCGCCAAAUCAUCCCCAUAGUAGGGAUGGGUGGAAUCGGCAAAACUACUCUCGCAAAAGGUGCGUUCGAACACAAGCUUAUUAAAGAGCGUUUUGGUAUUUGUGUGUGGACUACCAUUUCCCAACAUUAUAAUAUAGUAGAAACUCUUAGAGAAGUUCUCUCUCGAGCAGGAGGGUCCUCGAGCAGUAUGGAUGAGAAAGAAUUGGUAGUUGAAUUACACAAACUCUUAUGGGGUAGGAGGUAUCUCAUUAUAUUGGAUGAUAUGUGGAGUAUAGAUGUGUGGGAUAAGUUGAAAUUUUCCUUUCCUGAUUGUGGUAAUGGUAGUCGAAUACUAGUCACAACUAGGAUGUCGAACUUGGCUGCCCACUUGACUAAUUCCUAUAACAUCUUCAAGAUUGGAUUUCUAGAUGAGGUUAGUAGCUGGACUUUAUUCUCCGUCACUAUCUUUGGAGAACAAAGUGUUCCUACUCAACUUGUAAAAAUUGGCAAGAAAAUUGUGAAAAAGUGUAAUGGUCUUCCUUUGGCGAUUGCUGUAAUAGGAGGUUUAAUGGCAAAAUCAGAUGCUACACUAGAAUAUUGGGUGUACAUAGAAGAAAACUUAAGCUCAAAAGUAAAUUCAGAGAAUAAUGAUUAUUGUUUGAGGAUAUUGAAACUGGGCUAUAAUCAAUUGCCUGUCCAUCUAAAGCCUUGUUUUCUUUAUAUGGGAUUGUUUAAGGAAGACCGAGUGAUUAGAGCUUCAGAAAUUGUGGAGCUAUGGAAUUCUGAAGGAUUUCUUAAACCAGUAGGCAACACAAGCUUGACAACUAUUGCGAAAGAGUACUUAAAGGAGCUAGUCGAUAGAAAUCUCAUUCUAGUUCAUAAGUUUGGGUUACUUGGGAAUUGUUUGGAUGAUUUUAUUGCACCAAUUGAAAUUUGGAAAAUGCAUAAACUUAGGCAUGUCAGCUUCUACACUGUGAGAUUGCAUCUCCCAAGUCCUCCAAGCAUCGUCAAUGAUAUUAUUAUCAUGGAGAAUCUAGAGGUGCUCAAAGGAGUGAAGGAUUUCAGUUUAAGUGAAGAUGUUGUAAAAAGAAUUCCGAAUAUCAAGAAAUUGAAUUUGAAAUUUGAAUUAAGGAAUAGUGCAGAAGUAGUUGAGAGAGUGAACCGUCUCAGCUAUCUUCAAUGUCUUACUAAACUGGAAUCAUUUAAUCUGAUUGAAAUCCCCUACGUUCGAACCAAGUUUGUGCUGAAGAUGAGCUUCCCACCAUCCCUUAAGAAGUCGAGUCUCUUUCUAGAAAAUGUUUUUGAGUGGGAAGACAUACUGCCAAUGAUAGGUUCGUUACCACUUCUUCAGAAGCUCAUAUUACAUGGAGGUCGCUUCAGAACAGGCGAGUGGGAAACAAUAGAAGACCAAUUCCCGAGCCUCAACUCACUAACACUGGACGGCUGUUAUGAUCUGGAAAACUGGAUAGUGUCAGAGAGCUCCCACUUUCCACUUCUUCAGGAGCUUCGUCUUCGAGGUAUAUAUGGAUUGAAGAAGAUCCCUUCUGAAAUUGGAGAGAUACCAACACUCAGAUCAAUUAAAUUGUAUGGUUGCAGUGAAACAGUUUUGCUGUCAGCUAAAGAGAUAAUAGAGGAGCAAGAGGAAACAUAUGGAGACCAACUAGACCUCAAGGUAACCGCUGUAGUUCUUGAGCAAGAUAAAGAACGGGUUGAUAUUUCUGUGUAA